CACCCCGGUAGCAGCUCGGAACAAGGGACGACUUCCUCUGGUGGUUCUCUGCCUCGGCUCAGCUGCAGCUGCCUGCCCAGGACCUGGGUGGGUGGGUCAUGGAGCCCCCCCGGGGGCAGGAGCCCCAGGCUCCCCAAGAGGUGGAAACAAGAGAAGAUGAAGAACAAAACAUCAAGUUAGCCGAAAUUUUGGAGCUCUUGGUUGCAGCUGGAUAUUUCAGGGCAAGGAUUAAAGGCUUGUCACCCUUUGACAAGGUAGUAGGAGGAAUGACUUGGUGUAUCACUACUUGCAACUUUGAUAUAGACGUUGACUUACUGUUUCAGGAAAACUCUACAAUAGGUCAAAAAAUUGCCCUGACAGAAAAAAUUGUGUCUGUCCUGCCAAGAAUGAAGUGCCCACACCGCCUGGAGCCCCAUCAGAUCCAGGGGCUAGAUUUCAUCCAUAUAUUUCCUGUUGUUCAGUGGUUGGUGAAACGUGCCAUAGAAACCAGAGAAGAAAUGGGUGACUACAUCCGCUCCUACUCCAUAUCUCAGUUUCAGAAAACCUAUAGUCUCCCUGAGGAUGAUGACUUCCUGCAAAGGAAAGAAAAGUCCAUCAAGACAGUAACCGAUAUAUUUGAUGUUUACAAACCACGUCGGAAAUACAGGCGUCAGAAAGGAGCUGAAGAGCUACUAGAUGAAGAAUCUCGAGUCCAUACUACACUUUUGGAAUAUGGCAGGCGAUAUGGAUUAAGUAGACAGAGCAAAACAGAGAAGACUGAGGACAAGAAAAUGGUGUUGCCUUCAGGGUUCUCAGGGUCGGGAAAAUCCCUUGACGAAGAUGAGCUUCAAGCUGCCGAAGAGCGCCAUAUUGAAACCCUGAUGACUAAAAUGGCUGCUAUGGCAACAGAAGAGAGCCGACUGACUGCAAGUGCAGUAGGCCAGAUUGUGGGGCUUCGCUCCGAGGAGAUCAAGCAGAUUGUCUCAGAAUACGCUGAGAAGCAGUCAGAACUUUUGGCUGAAUCAAGUCCAGAAAAAUUGGGAGUAACCCAGCAACAUCGCCGAAAAGUCGCUUCUUUGAACAAGCAAAUUCAACAGAAAACCAAACUUCUAGAAGAGUUGCAGGCCAAGUGCGCAGACUUACAAGCUAAAUAUGAUGAAGCGAAGACAAAACUGUCAGAAGUAAAGAGUUACAGUGAGAAACUGGACCAAGAAUUGGCAGCCCUCGAGAAAAUAGAAUCCCAGGCUGACCCAAGCAUUCUGCAGAAUUUAAGAGCACUUGUAGCUAUGAAUGAAAAUCUGAAAAGUCAGGAACAAGAGUUCAAAGCACAUUGUAGAGAAGAGAUGACACGUCUGCAGCAGAAUAUUGAAAGUUUAAAAGCAGAAGCAUCAGAAGAUGGAGAUGAAAAGGAGCCCACCAGAAUUAUAGACCAACAGUAUAAAACUGAGAAAGAAAAGCUUCAGAAAAUCCGUCUGUUGCUGGCUCGAAGAAACCGAGAAAUAGCAAUUUUGCAACGCAAGAUUGAUGAAGUACCCAGCAGAGCUGAGUUAACACAGUAUCAGAAGAGAUUUAUUGAACUCUACAGUCAGGUGUCAGCAACCCACAAAGAAACCAAGCAGUUUUUCACUCUAUAUAACACACUGGAUGAUAAGAAGGUUUAUUUGGAAAAAGAGAUUUCUUUGCUGAAUUCAAUUCAUGAAAACUUCCAACAAGCAAUGGCCUCCUCGGCUGCCCGUGACCAGUUUUUGCGACAGAUGGAACAGAUUGUAGAUGGAAUUAAACAAAAUCGGAUGAAGUUGGAGAAGAAGAAGCAAGAGAACAAAAUGAGAAGAGACCAGUUAAAUGAUGAAUAUCUGGAACUAUUGGAAAAACAGAGGCUAUAUUUUAAGACCGUGAAAGAAUUCAAGGAGGAAUGCCGCAAGAAUGAAAUACUGCUGUCCAAGGUGAAAUCCCAUAUUUCCUGAGAAAACUCAUCAGCUAGCAACCUUAAUUGAUUUUUCUAGCCUGGAGAUGGAUUACUACAUUAUGAAACGUGAUAGUAGCAGCCCAGAGAAGCCGGCAGACUGCUUCAAAUACCCUGGAUUUUUUUUUCUAUUUUGUUUCCUUUCAUUCCCAUGCCAGGUGUUAAUGACAGUCAUUCAACACAAAGGGUAUAACUAGAGUAAAAGCCCUUCCACAGAAUAAGAUGUAAUGUGGCCAAUAUUUCUUUUCUGUAUAGAUUUUUCUUUUACAUCCAAAAUAGCAUUAUAUAUAAUUAAGAUAUCAGGAAAAAUAUUUGCAUAAAGUCUCUAUAAAAUAAAAAUUAACUCAUUCAUUCCACAGAUAUUUAUUGUUCACCCUCGUUCCCCCCACCCCUCUUGUGCAAGGUACUUUUCUAGGCAUGGUGGGGUAGGGGGAAAGAGAAAGCAAUGAAGGAUACAGUCACUUAGCCGAAACAGGUUCUGUGCUCUGGGAGCUUAUGUCUUAAAUGGGAAAGUAAUAUUAUAAAAGAGAAAUUCCAAGGCACUAAGUGCUCCCUACCCCAAGAAAGAUAUAAUUAAUGUUGUAAGCAUUUGCAGUUCAGAUCAGUUCUGCCCAGAUUGCUGUUAGGGCCAAGGACGAAGGCCUUGCUCCAUUAGGGGUGCCACCCCUAUGAGGACAUAGUCAUUUAGUCCUCAUCCUCUUCAGUUAGGGGAAGUUCACUUAGGAUUUCAUUGGAACCUUGAGUGGCCUCCCCAGCCUUGACCUCAAGGGAAUAGUGCAGUGGAAAGAACAUAGUUUCUGGAGUCAGAGGCUCUUGGUUCAAAUCCUACUUCUGACGUUACUUGCAUUACCUUGAACAAAGUCACUUAAUCUCCCGUGGCCUUAGUUUCCUAAUCUGUAAAAUGAGGAGUUUAAGACUGGAUGGCCUCCGCGGUCCCUUCCAGCUCUUGCUCUACGAUCCUGUGAGCCAGCUGUAAAAUGUCAUUGCCUUCUGACAUCCUGGGAUAGAGUCCUCAGCCCUUCAGACAACCUCACGACACCUUGACAAACUGUGUCAACCUGGUAAAUGUUCAUCUGUCGUUUUUCCAACUUGGCCUGACUUCUACCACUGAUCUGGCCGCUCAAGUGGCUGUUCUACUUUGUUCCGUGCCUAGUUUCUCUUCCCGCUCUGCAGAUGCUCAUCAGCCUUCUCUCCCAGCCUGCUCACUUCAACUGCAUCGAUACUGUGCCCCCUCAAUACCUCUUCUGCCAUCAUUCUGUCAGCUAAGGGCAAAGGAGCCUGUAGCACCACCUUUUGUUUUGGCCUUGAGUCUCCAGUGAGCUCUUCCCAGGUACCAGAUAGUAUAGAGAAACAGGGAAAGUUCUGUAGAAAACGUGGAAUUUAAGCUUGGAUCUUGGAGGGCUCCACUAUGGAAAGAUGGCGCAGAGAAAGGAAGGGCAAUCCAAUAACAGGAAAUCACAAGGCAAUAAUACCUGCCACCUAAAUAGCACUUUACAUCAAAUCCAGCCUCAGACACUUUCUAGCUUACUUGGGCAAGUCACUUAACCUCUCUUUGCCUCAGUUUCCUCAACUGUAAAAUGGGGAUAAUAAUACAAUUUACCUCCCGGGAUGGAUAUAAGGAUCAGAUGAGAUAUCUCUAAAGCACUUAGCACAGUUUAUGGCACGUAGUAGGUGCUUUAUAAAUGCUAUUAUUGUCAUUACAUCCAUUAUCUCAUUUGGUCCUCACAACAUGACAGAUACUGUAGUCUCAUCAGGAGGGAUAUUGAGGCUCAGAGAGCUUUAAGUGGCUUGUCCACGAAUGUACACCUAGUAAGUAUGAAAGGUAGAAUGUAAACCUGUCUUCCUUACUGCAAGUUCAACCUUGCUUCAAGAGUGGAGUAGUGAAGGAGGGAGUAGUGAAAGCUGAGCUUGGAAAUGUCACUUGGCAUUAGAUCAUAGACGGUAAUUCAUGUCAGGCUAAGGAGAUUGGGCUUUAUGCCACAGUGGGUCACUGAACCAAGAGUGAAUUUCAUGCCCCAAGAUUCCAGUUAAUUUUGGCAAUAUAACCAUGCUUCAAGAAAAUGAGAUUUCAGAAUGAGUUUCAUGGACAAAUUUUGUGGCCAAACACUAGCCAGAAUUUUUGGACAGUAAAAUGUGAAGCUUAAACAUAUCAGACAGGGAUAACUUUAACUCCAGUCACUUUUGAUAAAACAGUACACAGAAAUACAUGCAUACACAUAUAUGGUAAGGCAUGGGUGAUGUGAUUGAACUUUUAAAAAACCCCACUCUGGAUUAAUGAACAUUAUGUCUUAUGCUAGGCUUGAUGAGACCUGAAAGCACUUCUUUACCAAACUAAAAACCACCUCUCUCUGCCCUUUGGGAUGUAACAAGCACUAGAGUCACAUCCUCACAUACUUUGGCUUAUCUGCAUGUAACAAACCCCACCUAUUUGCUGGAAGGAAUUAGGUAACCUGAUCCUCUUGUAAAAUGGAAACAAUUUGGUAUUUUGCUGUUUUGGGGUCAAUUUUGACAUUUGGGUCAACCAAAUAUUCAAGACUAUCUUAUAAUGUUUUGAGUAUGGUGGGAAGAGAUCCCUUGCAGUUGGGUUGGGUUGGUAAACCACUUGAAUUUCCAGGGAAGCAUUAAAUACAAUUUAUCAAGCAAAUCACAGACUUAGAGCUCCUGGCCAACUGGACCCUUUGUUACUGAGUUUAGAAUUUUUUUUCUGCUGUGCCAUUGUUCAUGCCACAGAAUUCCCUUUAGUGGAGGAGAGAGAGAUUUAUGAGGGCAAGCGUUUCUAUAUGUCACUGCAAUCAAUUCUGAUUCUCCAGACUAAUGGACAGCAAUGACCCCAAACAACAGAUAAUUAAAUGAUAUUUUUAUUUAGCUGCAUUCUGUUUUGUUUUUAAGGAAAUAAUUUGUAUUUCUAGUUAUUUUUUCAUAUGGUCUACUGUAAUUAUUAAAUAUUAGUUUCUAUUCCUUUAAAAUAUAUCCACCAAAUGGCAGGAUACAGGUAGUAGAGAUGUCUUGGGGGCAGAAGAACACCAACUAUUGCACUUAAAUUUUAUCUGUCACAAAUGAUACAUAAAGCAAAGGCAAAGGAUUGCUUUGUAAAACUAGAAAAAAAUAAAAUGAAGAACAAAAGAUCAAAAAUCUUAAGGAAGAUGAUGGGAGAAAAAUGAGAAGGAAGGGAGCCGAAACAGUACAAAAUCUCAAACUAUACUGCAAAACAUCAAAACUAUUUCGUACAGGUUAAAAAAAAUAGAAAAGUCAAUCAAGGGAACAGAUUAGGUACACAAGAAACAGAGGCAAAUAAGCAUAGGGGUAAUAAGCCCAAAAGACCCCAACUACUGGUGUAAGGACUCUCCAUUCCAUGUUCUCAGAAAACUUAAAAGUAGCUUGGCAGAAAUUAGGCUUAAACCAAUAGCUUAUAAUAUAUACUACAAUAAGCUAAAUAGAUACAUGAUCUAGAAAUAAAAGGUCACAAAUUAACAAUUUAGAGGAUCAGGGGAAAAUAUGCCAUUGGAGCUAUGGAUAGAGGAAAAGUUGUUGACCUAACAUGGAACAGUGAAAGCCACAGAAGACAAAAUGUACAGUUUUCAUGACAUAAAACAAAGGUUUAUGCAAAAACAAAACUGAGACUAGAAUUAGAAGGUAAGCUGAACUAGGGAGGAAAAUUGUACAGCAUAUUUCUCAUAUCAGUGAUAUCGAAGAUAAAUAGUGAAUUGCUACAAAAAAAUGUCAAUGGGCCAUUCCCCAAAAGAUAAAUAGUCAAAGGAUAUGAACAAGAGAGACAAAUAAAACCUUUGAAACGUAUUGGAGGUACUGGCCACAAGAGACAUGUCAAGAGAAAGACCUUUAAACUCAGAAUUAGUGAAGAUGCAUAGAUGUCCCUUUUUUCCCCAAACACUUUUCCCCAAGCAUUUUGGUUCUAUAACCAAAAGAAUUUGUUCUAAAUCCCCAAUGUUUCCUACUAGCAUAUUUUUUUUUCUUUAAGAAUCGUGUUUCUUUUAAGUAUUACUAUGGGGAUGAUCACCAGGUUCUUAAAGGUCAUGCAUGAUAGUUUGACAAUUACACUUUGCAGAAAUGAUUGCUGAGCCACUGUAAGUGAUCUUUGGAAGACUGAUGCACCAAAUAUGCCAUAAGACUGGGGCUAUAUAGUCCAGUUUUUUUUUAAAGAAAGACAGUGGAUACUUCAGAUUAUAGAUCAGCUACUUUGAUUUUGGCAUCUGGUCAAAUUUUAGAAUUGAUUUGUGAACAAAAUAUAAAUUAAGAAGUAAUCACUAAAAACUACCAUGGGUUUGUUAUACAGAGCUAAGCUCUUUUUUGACAGUUACAAGUCAAGCAGGUAAGGGGAAUUCGGUGGACAUGAUUUAAUUGGAUUUCAUAAAAGCAUUUGACAAUGUAUCUCAAUAUUGUGGCGAAGAUUAAAAUAUGGAAACUGUAUCAUAGUACAGUAAGUUGAAUUUGAAACUGUUUGAAUGACCAGACCCAAAGAGUGUUAAUUAGGAGGGAGGUCUUUAAUGAAAUGCCACAAGGUUCUAUUUUUGCUUCUUCCUUGCUCAAGAUUUUUGCCAACAACAUGGAUGAAAAUAUACAUAUCAUGCUUCUCAAAUUGGCAAGUAACAAGAACUUGGGAAGGAUGACCGAUUCACUGUGUCUGGAAGACAGAUUCAAGCUUGACAAGCUGAAAUGAUGGACUGAGGUGAAAAGAUAAAAAUGGGAUGAAAGUAAGAUCUUGAACUUGGGUUUUAAAAAAAUCAAUUGCACAAGUGCAGAAUGAAGAAAUUUGCUGACAAAAAUCUAUGUGUAAAAGACCUGGUAGCUUCAAUAAGCUCAACACAAGUAAUUGUGUCUAGAGUAUGUUAAUAAAAAUACAAUCUCCAGAGCAAGAGAAGCUAAUUCUAUAGGAUGUCCUCCUUAGACCACAUUUGGGAUGUGGUGCCCAAUUCCGAUGACCACAUUUUAGAAGAAGUGUUAAGCUACAGUGCUUAGAAGGGGGAACAAGAAUGAGGGAACUGGAGACCAGGCCAUAUGAUCAGUUCAAUGGGAAUAUUUAACCUGGAGAAAAGAAAUGUGGGAAUUUGCUGUGUCUUCAAGUUCUUGGAGGUACAGAGAAAAGAAUUGUUUUGCUUGGUCCCAGAGGGAAGAAAUAGGACCAUCCUAUGGAAAUUGCAAGAACACAGAUUUGGGCUUUAUAUGAGGAAAAACUUAAAACUAGAGUUGUCUAAAAAUGGGAUGGACUGCCCUGGGGGAUAAUGAGCUCCUUGUCACUGGAAAUCAUAGGAUCAAAGAUUUAGAGCUGGAAUGCAUCAUACAGGUCAUUAAAUCUAUUCUCAUUUUACAAGUGAGGAAACUGAGGCCCAAAAAGAUAAAGUGACUUUCCUAGGGUCAUGCAACUAGUGUCAAGAGGUAGAAUUUGAGCUCAUGUUUUCCUGAUUCCAAGUCCAGUACACUAGCCAUACUACAUCAUGAGAUCUUCAAAUGAAGCCAGAUACCACUUGUUGGGACACUUUGGCAAGAAUUUGUGGAUUGGAUAAGAUUUGGCUACAUAACCUUUGAGGUUCUGUCCAACUUUGCAACUCUGUUAUUCUCAUCAGUCAGUCUUGGAGAAGCCAGGUGAUAUUCAGCAGUCAUAGGCUGAAGUUUUCCAUCUGGCCAAGAGCAUAGUACCAGCACUGGCCAGAUACUCUUGUGCCUGUCACCCAAUCAGACCCAACUGGGCUUAUCAGCAAAAGGUCUGACGUCAUCCCUACCACCUUGGAACAGUAAACUCUUAAAAUAUGUGCAGCUGCUUCCUACAAGUGGUAUGUGUGUUAUUACUUGAGAAACCCUGAACAGAUUAUAUUUAAACCUUAGAGCUACUGAAAGAGGGUGAGACUAGUACCUCCAGGAGUUUCCAGCAAAAACAUUUCUCCAGUUUGGAUUUAAUUGCCUAUCACUGACAGUAAACCACUACUAGGCCGAUGCCAAUAAUAGAUGAACAAUCAUCAAAUUGGGAGUCAAGGUUCUAUGUCUAUUGUUGUGAAAAAUGAUUUCUAGUUAAGUAAAACCCUAAGAUUCGGUUAUGAAUGUUAGCAAAGGGAUGUAUUAAAUUAGACUGGGGUUUACUGUGAAAAACAAGAUUUCAAUCUAGCAAAUAUUUAUUAAAUACCUACUGUGAACCAAACAUUGUCCGAGUCCUGGUAGGUAAUACAAAGUUAAAAAAAAAAGUCCCUGCUCUCAUGCAGCAUGGAAUGUGGCUAUGACAUAUUCACAAAUAAUUAUAUACAUGACAAGUACAUUGAAGGAGCAGGCAAAUUGACCUGGGGAGGAGGUUGGUAAUGGAGAAGACCAGUGCUUAGCGCAGUGCCUGGGUACAUGAUAGGUGCUUCAUAAAUGCUGAUUGAUUGAUUGUUAUGUAGGAAUUGAGGAGGGAGAAUAUUGCAGAUGUUGAGAAGAGCCGGAGCAAAGGGACAGUAUAGAAAUGUGCUCCAGAAAUAGAAAUAGUCUGGUUUGGUUGAAACAAAAUGAAUGGAGGGAAAUAACAUGAGAUAAGGCUAAAAAGGUAGAAUGGAACCAGAUUGUGACGUGCUUCAAUUACCAAAUGAGUUUGAGCUUUAGUAGAAAGGAAACCACAAAAAAAAAAUUUGAGGUAGAGAAUGAGUCACUUAGCAUUUCUGGGCUUGUUUUCUCACCUGUAAAUUGAUGCGGCGGGACAGGAUGACCUCUGAGGUACCUUCCAGGUCUUAAUCUAUAAUCUUAUGAUCAUAUCUAUUCUUUUGGCAGAUUUCUGGCAGUGGAAAGGAGUUUUCUGUUGAGAGACCGUACUAAUAAUACAGGCAGACUGGAAUAAGAGCCUUUGCUCAAGUGACAGCAGUGACAAUAGAAAGGCAAGGACAGACUUUUGGAGAGAGUGGAAUUAACAGGACUAGGUAACUGAUCAGAGAUGAAAGGCAAGAGAAAGGAAGAGUCAAAGACAGCACUCACAAUUAUUUGUAUUGAGCUUAUAACUACCAGGUUUUUGUGAAUUUUUGUCUAGCAAAUUUCUCAUCCCAUACUUGUGCAAUUUUGUUUUUUUAAACCUGGGUUCAAUAUUCUACUUUUAUCCCAUUAAAUUUUAUCUUUUUGCUUCAGUCAAGCGUGGGCAGCUUGGUAUACUGAAAUGGUAAAGUCAUAAAGGGAGAAGCUUUAGGGGAAAGAUAAUAAACUCAGUUUUGAACAAGUUGACUUUCAGAUGUCAUGGGACAGCCAAGCGGAAAUGUCUCGUAGGCGGAAGAGGCAACAUGGUGCGGUAGAAGGAUCAAUAUGUUUGAAGUCAAAAGGUCUGAGUUCAAACUCCAGGGUGACUGAGAAAGUCAUUGAACCUGUCUGUGCCUCAGCUUCCUCAUCUGUAAAAUGAUAGAGGUAGGUUAGAAUCGGGUGUUCAUAACCUGGGGACUACUUUUUUCUUUCGAUAACUAACUUCAGUGUAAUUGGUUUCCUUUGUAAUCCUACAUAAUUUAUUUUUGCAUUUAAAAACAUUAUUCUGAGAAAGGGCCCAUAAUCUUUACCAGACUGUCCAAGUAGUCCAUGACAAAAAAGGUUAAGAAUUGCUAAAUUAAAUGAUUGAUCCCUAAGGUGCCUUACACCUCAAAAUCCAUGGCUCCUAGCUUGGAAGACAGUUCAAGGAGAGAGUGUGUUUGUAUGUGGAGAGAGACGAGAACCAUGGCAAGAGCCUUAGGGGCAUGAGAGACAGAGACAGAGACAGAGAAAAAAUAAGCUGCUAAAACAAUGAGAGGAAACCCAUGUGGGCUUAGCCUUUUAAUUCAGUUCCCUCAUUUUACAGAUGAGGAAACUGAGGUCCAGAGAGGUCAGGUGACAGAGCAGGGAUUCAGACUCACCUUUCUACUGCAUCACUCUGUGGUGGCUCUGAAGCAAAGGUUAUCCAGAAGUUAAUGGUCGCCUGUGUGAAAGGAUGCAAGAAAACCCAGGAUCCAAAAUAUGCUUUGGGGAAAAUGCAAAUGAAUUAUGAUAUUUAGAGGUAUUAUUGGACUUCACCAAAGCAGAACAUCUUAAUUAUAAAUUUGAUUUGUUUACCCUUGGAUGUAGUCACUCUGAAGCAGUUUAAAAGAACAUACUUUUGGGAAUGGGUCAUUGGUGUGUGUCUGUGACUGGUGUGUCAAACAAAAUGUAUCACUGAAAAGCAAAUAAACAUGUUAUAAUAAUUGGUAUAAA